GCCACCGCCACAGCCUGACCGGCGGGCGUUCGCUUAAGCGUCCGCCCCGCCUCGCCCCACGCGCCCGCCAAUCGGCAGUUACCAGCUGGUUCCGCCCGCCCGACGCAGCGUGACGCAGCCAAUCGGCGGCUGCCACACUGCGGGCCCGAGCAGGCCUAGGGGGUUGGGACCUCGGCAGCAGGUCUGCCCGGGCCAGACGCGCGAGCGCAGGCAGCGGCUGCAGAUUGCGGGCUCUCCCAUCUCGGUUCUCUGGUCCCGGCCCUCCGAUUGCCCCCGCCGCAUCCCGCCGCCAUGCGCUUCAGCUGCCUUGCGCUGCUCCCGGGCGUGGCGUUGCUGCUCGCCUCGGCCCUCCUCGCCUCCGCCCUCCUCGCCUCCGCCUCAGACGUGUUGGAACUGACGGACGAAAACUUCGAGAGUCGCGUCUCCGACACGGGCUCAGCUGGGCUCAUGCUAGUCGAGUUCUUCGCCCCAUGGUGUGGACAUUGCAAGAGGCUUGCCCCUGAGUAUGAAGCUGCAGCAACCAGAUUAAAAGGAAUAGUCCCAUUAGCAAAGGUGGACUGCACUGCCAACACAAACACCUGUAAUAAGUAUGGCGUCAGCGGCUACCCAACUCUUAAAAUAUUUAGAGAUGGUGAAGAAGCGGGUGCUUAUGAUGGGCCUAGGACUGCCGAUGGAAUUGUCAGCCACUUGAAGAAACAAGCAGGACCAGCUUCAGUUCCUCUCAGGACUGAGGACGAAUUUAAGAAGUUCAUUAGUGAUAAAGAUGCCUCGGUGGUGGGCUUUUUCAGGGAUUUAUUCAGUGAUGGCCACUCCGAGUUCCUAAAAGCAGCCAGCAACUUGAGAGAUAACUACCGAUUUGCACACACCAACGUUGAAUCUCUGGUGAAGGAGUACGAUGAUAAUGGAGAGGGGAUUACUAUAUUUCGUCCAUUACAUCUGGCUAACAAAUUUGAAGACAAAAUUGUGGCAUAUACUGAAAAGAAAAUGACCAGUGGCAAAAUCAAGAAGUUUAUUCAGGAAAGCAUUUUUGGUCUCUGUCCUCAUAUGACAGAAGAUAAUAAAGAUUUGAUACAAGGCAAGGACUUACUCACGGCUUACUAUGAUGUGGACUAUGAAAAGAAUACUAAAGGUUCUAACUACUGGAGAAACAGGGUCAUGAUGGUGGCAAAGACAUUCCUUGAUGCUGGACACAAACUCAACUUUGCUGUAGCUAGCCGUAAAACCUUUAGCCAUGAAUUGUCUGACUUUGGCUUAGAAAGCACUACUGGAGAGAUUCCUGUUGUGGCUAUCAGAACUGCUAAAGGAGAGAAGUUUGUCAUGCAGGAGGAGUUCUCGCGGGAUGGCAAGGCUCUUGAGCGGUUCCUGCAGGAAUACUUUGAUGGCAACUUGAAGAGAUACCUGAAGUCUGAACCUAUCCCCGAGACCAACGAAGGACCUGUCAAGGUGGUGGUAGCAGAGAGUUUUGAUGACAUAGUGAAUGCUGAAGACAAGGACGUGCUGAUCGAGUUUUAUGCUCCUUGGUGUGGCCACUGUAAGAACCUGGAACCCAAGUACAAAGAGCUGGGGGAGAAACUCAGCAAAGACCCAAAUAUUGUCAUAGCCAAGAUGGAUGCCACAGCCAAUGAUGUGCCUUCUCCAUAUGAAGUCAAGGGUUUUCCUACCAUCUACUUCUCACCAGCCAACAAGAAGCUAACUCCAAAGAAGUAUGAAGUAAGUGCAUUGUCCUGUGUCCCCAAAGUACACACAGACACAUGUACGCACACACUGUAUAGAUGCAUGGAGGUGGUACUUGUGGUUGUUGUUCUUCUUCCUUCUCCCUCUUCUUCCUCCUCUUCCUCCUCCCUCCUCUUCUUCCUUCUUCCUCUUCUUCUUCCUCCUCCUCUUCUUCUUCCUCCUCCUCCUUCUUCUUUUUUUUUUAAAAUGUGCAUUGGUAUUUUGUCUCAGAGGGUUCGGAUCCCCUGGAACUAGAAUUACAGACAAUUGUAAGCUACCGUGUCUGCUGUAGGGAUUGAACCUGGGUCCUGUGGAAGAGCAGCCAGUGAGAGCUCUUAACCACUUAUCCAAUCUUUGUAGUCCUGAUACCUAGAUCUUUUUUUUUUUUUAAAGAUUUAUUCAUUUAUUAUAUAUAAGUACACUGUAGCUGUCUUCAGACACACCAGAAGAGGGCAUCAGAUCCCAUUACAGAUGGUUGUGAGCCACCAUGUGGUUGCUGGGAAUUGAACUCAGGACCUCUGGAAGAGUAGUCGGGUACCCUUAACCGCUGAGCCAUCUCUCCAGCCCAGAUACCUAGAUAUUUUAUUGGCUUGUUUAUUUUCAUUGUAUUUGUUACAGUGGAUAUGUGUGUGAAAGUCAGAUGGCAGCUUUAGGGAGUCAGUUUUCUCCUACCAUUUGAGAUCUUGGGAUAAAAUUCUACUGAGCCGUCUUACUGACUCUUAACUACUAGUGUUCUUUAGAAUGUUAAAAUAACUUCUUUUUUCAGGGUGGCCGUGAAUUAAAUGAUUUUAUCAGCUAUCUACAACGAGAAGCUACAAACCCUCCUAUAAUUCAAGAAGAAAAACCUAAGAAGAAGAAGAAGGCACAAGAGGACCUCUAAAGCAACAGCCAAAUGCACCACUUUAUAAAAGGACUCUUACACCAGAGAAAGCAAAACCAUCAGAGAGGACAGAAUGGAUAUACUCUGAAUCCUGUUAAAUUUUCUCUAAACUGUUUCUUAGCUGCACUGUUUGAAAAUACCAGGACCAGUUUAUGUUUGUGGUUUGGGGAGAAAAUUAUUUGUGUUGGGAAGAAUGUGGUAGGGGUGGGGGGAAUUGAGUUGGGGGGUUAUUUUCUAAUUUUUUUUGUACAUUUGGAACAGUGACAAUAAAUGUGCCCCCUUUA